CCACAUCAUACGAUAUAAUUAUACCAACAGGACUAACACUGGCCCUGUCCUACGAUACUUCUAGACUGCAUUCUAUUAGAGCUUCUGUUUCAGCCAAAGGAAGGAAGCGGCAAGCAUGGGAAUCGCAGCCACACUAGCCUUUGGUACCCUGGGUCUGCUCAUCGCGUAUGCAAUCCAGAGAUUGCUGCAAAAAGACCGCAAUGCGCGCCCUCUACCCCCAGGGCCCAAAGGCUGGCCUGUGAUCGGCAAUGCCACUGACAUGCCCAAGCCUGGGGUUAUGGAAUACGACCACUGGACCAAGCAUAAAGAUGCGUACGGCCCAAUCAGCUCUGUGACCGUCCUUGGGCAAACCAUCAUCAUCCUGAAUGAUCCGAAGUUGGCCUUUGAGCUCAUGCGCGACCGCGCAUUCAUCCACUCCGGCCGCCCCCACCAGAACUUCAGUUGCGAUGUCGUCGGUUGGAAACACUCGACCGCCAUGUGCCAGCACAACGACGAGUGGAAAUUGCACCGCAGGAACAUCACCAAGGUUACAAGCUCGGCGGUCUCGGUGCUGGCGUUUGAUAAGGUGCAGGAGGAGGAGGCGGCGCGAUUUUUGGUCAAUGUGCUCAGGGAGCCGAGGAAGCUGUUUGAACAUAUUCGGACGGAGGCGGGAACGGUUAUCUUGAAGAUUACGUAUGGGUAUACGGCGAGGAUGAGGGGGAGGGACCCGCUGGUGGAGCUGGCGGGGAAGGCGGUGUGGACGUUCGCGGAGAGUACGGUGCCAGGAAAGUGGGCGGUGGAUGUGUUCCCGUUGUUGAAAUACCUCCCCGACGGCUUCCCUGGCACCGCGUACCGGAAGACUGGUCGCGAGAUGGCUAAGAUUUUGUCUGACUGCGUGGAAAAGCCGUAUGCUUUUGUCAAGAAGCAGAUGCGCGAAGGACGGGCUAAGACUUCGUUUCUGUCGCAGGUCAUCGAGACGGAGGGAGCGGAUGAGCGCAUGGAGCGCAUCCACAAGUGGGCGGCGCUGUCGAUGUUUGCGGCUGGCGCUGAUACUACCGUCUCCUCCCUCAUGACCUUCUUCCUCGCCAUGACACUCUACCCAGACGUGCAGAAAAAAGCCCAAGAAGAACUCGACCGCGUCGUCGGGCCAGACCGUCUCCCCGUCGCUGCAGACAAUGACAGCCUGCCAUACAUCCACGCUAUCAUGCUCGAGACGCACCGCUGGCACCCCGUCGUCCCAAUGGGCUUUCCGCAUACCAGCGACGCCGAGGAUGUGUGUAUGGGGUAUCGGAUUCCCAAGGGUGCGAUGUUGUUGCCGAACACUUGGUGGUUCACCCACGACCCCGCCAUCUACGCCUCGCCCUCGGCCUUCAACCCCUCGCGCUUCCUGCCUCCUUCUUCCGAGCCCGACCCCCGCCAGUUCAUCUUCGGCUACGGCCGCCGCAUCUGUCCCGGCCGGUACGUUGCCGACAACGCGCUGUUCAUCACCAUCGCGCAGACGCUGGCGGUCUUCGACAUCUUGCCUACUAGUGACAAGUUGCCCGAGGUGAGGUUCGAGCCCGGGGUGGUGAGUCAUCCGCUGCCGUAUGAGUGUCGGGUGGUACCGCGGAGCGAGGGGUGUAGGAGGUUGGUGGAGGGGUGUGCGGGAGGGGAGGAGAGGGGGGAGGGGGAUGCGGUGGAGUUGGAGGCUAUGGGUUAA